AGCAUCUGCUGACGUCUGGACAUUGCGCGCGGUCCGAGCAUUCUUGAAGGUGCGUUUUGCUCAGCAUCACCGCCGCGAGAUCCUGAAAGACAGGCAGCCUCCCGGAAGAAAAAUAACUCAGUCUGCGCGAUGCACGAGACGCAGAACGUAACGACCGGCACGCAUCGUGGGAGCACAGUAUUGUGGAAUCGGGUCGUUGUGUAAACUUUCCCGCACAAACUGCCUGGGAUGUGACAGACAGGGGUGCCAUUGCUCUCCGGUGACAAGUGGACUGUAUUUACACCAUCCUUCUAAAUAAGGAAGCAGGGCUGUCAGACAUAUGACCACCGUCCCGAUUUGGGCGCUGCUAGAGUGCCCAUCGCAUCCCAUGAUCGCGCGCAAGCUGUCCAAUAAGGCUCAGCAUGCGACCCCCAUUGCGCACGUGGAGUGACAGCAGCGUCCCAUCAUCAUCAGUCCGCCGCUCGCAACUUUCUCUCUCUCUCUCUCUCUCUCUCUCUCUCUCUUUUUCUCUCUCUCUCUCUAUCCUCCCCCAUCCCCUGAUAUAUGAUGUCAUUCAUGUAAGGAUGAGGGUGGCUUCUGAGGUGAGAUAGGGAUUUUGGUGAGUGGCAUUCUCCACGACCCGAGGCUUCGGAACUGCAAAACAUGGUCAUCACCACCUUCUCCGCCUCAAGUCGUGUCUCCGCACUCUCUUCCCGUUCUUCCGCCGCUCUCAUCUCGGGCCACCGUCGCAUGCCCGAAGUUCUGACCUGCCUCGCUAAAUUAAGCCUGCAGCACCAUGCCGAGGGAAGAAAAACUAGAAGAGUGGUAUUUUUAGUGUCAUUAAUUUUGACCACGUGUCCCGAAGGUAAACCCGAUGGCCAUUGCGCAAAGGCUCCUCAUCAGUAUGUCCUGCGAGGCCAACGCGCAACACUGGCCAAGGACUGCCGUUCUGCUCUUGGGAUUGCUCCUAGUUGGGAUUGUGUCCUCCAGUCCGCUUCCGAGUAGGACUAAUAGGACAACUUUACUGGAGAAGCGAUGGGAGAGCCUCUUCUCCCGCUCCGUGCUGGGGAUCUCUGGAGAGAGACCAGAGGCGAACUGGGAGAAUGACUAUUUGCUGGGCAUCAAAAGAGUGCGGAGGCUGUACUGCAAUGUAGGCAUCGGGUUUCAUCUUCAGGUCCUCCCAGACGGCAAGAUAAACGGUGUACAUAAUGAGAACCAGUACAGUCUCAUUGAGAUCUCCACUGUGGCCAGAGGAGUGGUUAGCCUGUACGGUGUGAAAAGCAAGAUGUUUGUCGCAAUGAAUAACAGAGGAAGGCUGUACGGAACGGCUACCUUUAAAGAUGAAUGCAAGUUCAAGGAGACCCUGCUGCCAAAUAACUACAAUGCCUAUGAGUCCUCUGUUUACAAGGGAUUCUAUGUCGCUCUCAGCAAACACGGCCGAGUGAAGCGAGGCAACAAGGCCACCACCGCCAUGACAGUCACCCACUUCCUCCCACGAAUAUGAGCAGACUCUUGCAAUAAUUCUUCAUUUGCACUGAUCUCCCCGAAAGAUCUGAAAACUGACACACAAACAUACAAGGAACUGCAAGAAUGUCACCAAAAUAGUACUACUUCAUUUUUAUAUGUAUAUUUGGAUAGGUUAGCUUUUUAUUAGGAUCUCUGAAUAUGCUAUCCGUCGCUGCUUACUUCUUUUCUUUAUACAUAUAUAUAUUAUUGGUUAUGGAUGUGGAGGCUCUCCCAGCCUUCCUUUCUGUAAUCAGGUGCUUGCCAAGAAUCAAACAGACUCUAUGAUGGAUGAUGGAAGUCCUCCUCAGCUUUUUAUAGUGAAAUUAUGUUUUUUAUUACCUCAAAGAGCUACCUAGAUGGUUUAAAAGAAUGCAUGUAGUUUUGCUUGUUACUUUUAGUUCUGUCUGAGUCGAUACAAGCAUUAUUAUUUUUUUAUAUUUGACAAUAUUUUUUCUGUUUUUCUCAUUCUUAGGGGUUGUGCGAGCACUUAAAAGAAAGCAGAUCUCUCUUGCUGCAUGUCGCACUGAGGUGCCUUGGCAUUCCCGCACACCGCCUCUUUAACAUGCAUGCUCUGAACACCCCAGGGUGUCAGAAAUAGGGCUGAUAUGUUAGCCAGGGCCCCGCGGGGACUGUCCCACAAGGGCCCCAGAGAGGGGCGAGGGGGAUGGGUGUGCAUCUCUGCUUUAUUUUACUUUUCUCUAAUUAGAGAACACUGUAUGAGACACGAGAGCAGCUUGUAAACAUUGAUCAUCUCUGGCAUUCGGCAUCAUCUGCUGUCAACUAAGAAAUGAGGUAUAACUUUAGCCCCUUUCACUGAUAAUCCCAGUAAAUUGGCAUAAAAAUUACCAGUACGCAGUGGCUUUGUACUGCUAAGAGACCAUUCAUGCAUCAGUACAAAAAUACUGGUGAACUCUGUGAUGUCAGUCACUCGAAGUGAUGCAGUACUUUUUCUUCGUUAGCUCGUAUGCAUUUUGAGUUUGACAACAUUUUUUGUCUUCUGAGCAACAGGAGUAAGAGGACGCUUAUGGAAAUCCAUUUCCUCCACCAAAUAUAAAAAUUAAAUAGAUAAUUGCAGUUUUUUAUUGCACAAUUUUGACUUUUGAAAAAGUGAACAUUACGCAAUUCUGAGAAGUCCAAAUUGUGAGGUAUAAACUUGCAUUUUAGAGAUAAUUAGUUGCAAUUUUUAGGCCAAGAAAAAAAUGGUGUUUUGAUCUUAAAAACACAAAACGGCACACAAUAGUAUCCAAAACACUGCUAGAACAGAUUUACUGGUAUUUUUUUUAAAGUCCUGUUGAAACAUGAUCUCUAAACUCUAGUUUACCAGUGCAGAUAAAUGCGUGAAAGGGGCUAUUAUCUUUUCUAGCUGAAUCCUGUUGGAGCUUUUAGGCUGUACAUUUUAUUUGUAAGACUAGACUCUUUUUGCAAUCAGAAUGAAACUUUAUAUAAAGAAAACUGGAAAAUAAAAACAACUAAAAAGUGAGAAAUCUACAGGGGAACUGAUGCAAGCGCACACUUAAAAUUUUAAACAUGGCCGGUUCGAUUAUAUUAUUGCUUACCACAGGUUUGCCUGAACAAAAGGAGCACUUGAAAAUAAGCUUUAAGCGUUGCUGUGAAUGAGAACGUCUUCUAAACCAAUGAAAAUAUUGUAAAUACUGACUGUGCACUGAAAAUGCCAGUAGCUCGGAGCUUUGUUGCUUGUUGCUAAAGGCACACUGCCAUCCAUGAUGGUGACUGAUUCAAGGGAAUACGUGCAGUAUAUGUUUAUUUAUUUUUGCUUCUGGUGUGAGUAUUUUUGUGUGCACCUGUCCAUGUGUGUGUGUGUGUGUGUGUGUGUGUGUGUGUGUGUGUGUGUGUGUGAAUCCUGGUCGAGGGGGCAGUCGAGUCUGGCUCUUUCCUGUUGCUGCAGAUGCACUGCAGUGGCACUCGCGACUGCUGCUCUAUGCAAAUGUAAUUACAGGGGAGACACCAUGUGGCAUCCAAACUGAGGGACGCUCACUGUUUUUUAAGAUUUUGGUAUGUCUGCUUUUGUUUGCAUCAGUUUCUGUCACCAAAUUUCACCCCACCCUGUUUACUGAACCCUUGUGUUGUUCUGAAAACCUUUACCUAAUAUGGUGUUUCCAGUUAAAAUGACUGGCCUUUUGAAAAUUGUGUGUAAAUGUCUCCAUAAUGCUAUAUUGUUACCAAAUCUUGGAUUUUAUCUUUUUGUCAACUUGUUUUCUUUCAAUUAGCACACUUUUUUUAUUUAUUCCUGAACUGGUUGGUUGUAGGCCUCACUGAUCUGAGUUUAUGGACCUUUGAACAUUAUUUGCGGAUCACGUCGCAUUGGUCACUCAAAAACUGAGGUGCAUUAAUUCAGAUUAUUGACACCCUUGAUCAAACAGUUCCAAAGACAAAACUCAUGUUAAUUCAAAGAUUGAAUCCAGGAUUUGUCAAAAAAAUAGCGUAAUGAGAAAAUUGUUGGCAAAUUUUUGUAGGUUGUUCAUUUUAGAGGUGGAGCGAGGUGGAAAAACAUCCCAAAAAAUUUGUUCAAAUGUUGUGAAGUUGCUAUACCAUGUGUAAGCAACAUCAGUAUGUUUUAGUCCAGUGCGAUAACAUUAACUAGCAGUUUUGAGAAACAGAAAAUCUCUUGGGGUCACAGCAUGAGGGUUAAAAGGAAAGGAAUCGAAAGGAAUGAGGUUAUUUUAGAAAGACUUAUGGUCUGGUUGUUUGUUCAGUCUGUUUGAAGCAUGUGGGGGUGGAAUACCUGAGCGGAGGCCAUGCUGGUGACGUCUCCCUCGCAACAUGGGUAGUCUUGUAAAAGCCACUGUGCACAGAAGCCUUGAGAUUCCAGUAGCGCUAGGGUUCUUUAUGGUUUUCCAUCCAACUUUAGUCCAAGGUCGUAGCCAUGGAGUUGAACUGGUUGAAAACGUCCGUCCAAGGUCUCGUUUCUUUUUCUCAAGUCCAUUGUGGUCUUAUUAUCAUGUGUUUGGAUCCAUGCUGCUCAAUUUACAAUUGCUGUGUUGCGUGAACUCCUGUAAUUUCAACAUGAUAUCAUGAAGUCCCUUCCCUUCACAGAUUUGGUCAUGCGAAUUUGGCCGAACAACAGAAAGUUGCUUGGUUUUAAAUUGAUUCCUGUGUGAGCUAUGGCCACUGUUAAAAGAUUUUAAUAAUUUCUGAUGGUCUAAAUCAAGUCCAAUCCUAUGUUUUUUCCCAUUAAAUAUGCAUUUUCACUCAGAAGUUCAUCGCAUUAGAGAAGUAAAUUGGUUACUGUUUCAUGAAACCAUGAAUCCAAACAUAAUCAACUUGUUAAAAAAAAUGUUUUUAUGUGAUUUGUACAAAAAUCUAACAUUUUUGGAAAAUAGUAAGCAUGACGCUUCACUUCUAAACCUAACCCACAGGUCGUACGUACCACAGGUCAAACGUGCCAAUACAAAUUAGCCACCAGUUUACCAACCAUAAAACAGCUUUGAAUUGGAGUGAGAUUGUGUUGCUGGUUUAUUCACAUUUGUUUGCUACUAUAUGAAAAGGAAAGUUUUUGUGGCACUGGCUUCUUCCUCUAGCACAGUAAAUAUAUCAGGACAGACCUCUGCAGGACUGAUGCAAUACUUUAGGGAGACAAAAAAAGCCGAUAAUUUCUCACCUCUGCCAAGUUGCUUGUUUUGAGGUCUCAUCUGUGAAGAGAUGUUUCAGAUUCAAAGGCAUUCGGUCAAGUACUUGUCCAUUAACAAGUUUCUUGUCAUUAAUGUGCCAUUUUAUUUAGCAUUGACUGUAUUUAGCUGAUGUGCCUCAGAAUUAAUAUCACUGUGAGUCCAAAUGAGACUUGCACACUUACGAAAAACAAUAAAACACCUUUAUAGGACAGAAAUGUAGCUAUUUAACAGCAAUCUAUGGUCACAACUUUUACAAUCAUCUAACAUUUUUGCUUUGGUUUCACAGAAAAGUUUAACUUCAUUCAAACUUAUAAUUAAAAUAGCUCAAAGGUAAUCGUCAAGCAGACUGAUACUGAAACGCCGCAAGUCAACUUACAUAAAUGUACUAUUUUAAUACAGUUUGUCUUCUGAAUGUGUUAUAAAGAUGCAUUAGGAAUUGAAGAGUUAAAUCAGGAAGCCAAAUGUUACCGUUUCUUUCAUUUGUGUCCUAAUUGUGACAAUAUCAUCUUAAAUCUGUGAAGAAUGAACGAUAUGCGUGGACAUUUGGUAAUCAGAGUCAUCUGAUAUGCUGAUGUAUGUCGCUUGGAUUUAUAGCAACAGCUGUAAAAAUGUUUAUUGGGCAGAGAAUGUAGACACCAGUUUCCUGGUACACUCUGAACUCAUGAGAAAAACGUGUGUGCAUGAAGGACGGCAAGCUGUCACUGGCUGAAUCCUCCUCACAUAUGCAGGGAGGGUUUCUGGAAUCUUUGGAGCACCAGAGGCAUUAGAACGGGAUGCCAGUUCGUUCAUUGCACUGUCUUUGUUUUGAAAUGACUUUGUGCAGCUGAUCCUGUUACAGUGAAGACCCCAUAUCUGUGAGGCCUCAUUAAUCAUUUAGUCUGAUUUUUUUUUUCCACUAGCAUACCACAUACUUUCUUUUAUGUUUUUUCUCUGAUGAAAAUGGUAUCCAAAAUGGCAUGCAUACUUUUACCAAUGUAUAUAUUCUUUUAAUUUUUAAUUAAUUGGUUUAAUAGUAGGGUGUACUAUAUUCGUUACACUCAGUUCAUAUCCAAAAUAUAGUUGUUAUUCUGCACAUCAGUGUAAUCCAGGAUUUUGUGUGUCUGUAUAUUCUCUGUUUAAAAGUGUGUUUUUGUCCACUCCUCUUUAUAAAGACAUCUCUCACCCCUGAAUUAGUUCAUAUUUCAUGCAAAGAUUUUUUGAAAGUAUAGGAAACUAAUACUUUACAUAGGACAUAAUCAUGUGUUUCUGAGUACAAGCAUUGAUGCUAUGUAUAAGAUAUAUUUGAGAAAAAUAUUUUUUUUCCCUUUACUUUUCUACGUAUGUGCUGUGCACAGCAGUUUAAUCAUAUUCCUGGUGUUAUAUCAUUUUCUUUUUUCUUUUAUUCAUUUGUGUGUGUUUUUGUUUCCCAUUUUAAUUAUGCUCAAAGUAGCAAGUACAGUGAGCAGUCAUACACAGUGUGCCCAGGCCAGAACUGAUUCUUUUCUAGAAAUAAUGCUGUUAGGAUGUCACACUCAUACAGGAUCAUUUAUACAACAUGUCAACAGUUCAAUAAACUACU